AUGUCCUCAGGAUCCAAUGGUGCACGGCGCGUGGCCUCGCUACUGCGGCCAUCAAUAAUCGACUCCAGCGUCUGCCGAAGCUGUCAAGAAACCCUCGGCCGCCGCAGCUAUGCCAGCGCCGCACCAGCAACCGAAGCAACCUCUGCAUCGACAUCUGCCGAUCCCGCCGUGAAGCCAGCGUACACGAUCAACGCCGGCGUAGUCCUCUCCCGUCCUCCGCAAAUCACCCGCGAACUCGAGCCCUUCGAGAAAGCGUUCUUUUUCUACCAGAAGCGUCUGAAUGAGCGUCUGGCUCUCCCCUUUACGAAAUAUUUCUACUUCAAGCGUGGCACACCCGCCGACGAAGACUGGAAAAAGAAGAUCCAGGAGCGUCGGACUGCCGCACGUGAUAUCGGAAAGUACAACGCGUACGACAGCGAUGCGUGGAACGACGAGCUCCUGCUCGGUGCGCCUGAGUCCGAGCCCGAGCACCAGCUCGAAGCCCUCGUGCGCGACGCCGAGUCCACUGCCAAUGCGACUUCCCAGGAUACGAGCAAGAAGGAGGAGAUUCCUCGGCCGUUCCCGCGAAUCACGGAGGCAGACAAGAAGAACGAUCAGAAGAGCCUCGACCGUUUGCUUUCUCGUACGCUUUACCUCCUUGUUCAGUCUAAGGAGGGACACUGGAAGUUCCCCAGCUCGCCGGUGGAGUCGGGCGAGACUCUUCGCACGGCCGCCGAACGCACCCUUGCCCAAUCCGCCGGAGUCAACAUGAACACCUGGAUGGUCGGCUUCCACCCCGUUGGAUGGCACUCUUACAACCCUCCCAAGAAGUCCGCCGACACCCCCGGCAGCAAGGUCUUCUUCCUGAAGUCCCGGAUGAUGGCCGGCCAGGCCGAUCUCUCCCUCAACACCCAGAACUUGAAGGACUUCAAGUGGCUCGCCAAGGAGGAGCUUGCUCAAUAUCUGAACACGCAAUACUACAGCAACAUCAAGAAUAUGCUGGCUGACCGGUAA